CAGCACGAUUGAUCUGGGUUAUAAUGAUCGCCUUCGUGGCGACACACGGCGCUCAAGCUAGGAAGUGGGAGCUGCUUGGUUGCUACGCAGAUAGCAGGAAUCGAGCAAUGCCUCACUUCUUCAAAACUGUGGUAUCCAGUGACUAUAAACACAUCUUUGAAGAAUGCAGCAAAGAAGCCGAGAGGCUUGGUUAUGAUUACUUUGGUGUUCAGUACUUUAAAGAAUGCUGGGGAUCCAAAGAUGCUUAUGCGACGUACGACAAGCAUGGCUGCAAGGACAACUGUAAAGUUCAAGGCGAAUAUGGCAUCGGAACCAAAUGGUCUAACUUCAUGUACCACCUUAAAAAUGAAUGGACCGGGUGUAGUGCAAAAAAGUGCGGCGAAGGUGUCAAAUAUAAACUCAUACUUUCCAAAGACACUCGUCCAAAAUGUCCAKCGUACAACGURAAGAUUACAACAUCAAAAGUAACCCAGCCUUGCUCAGCUGCUAAGCCAUGUCCAGUCAAUGGUCGAUGGAGUGCCUACUCAGCCUGGUCCACKUGCAGCAAGACCUGUGGUGGAUCGGGAACGCAGAAGAGAACUCGCACAUGUACCAACCCUGMACCUGCCCAUGGUGGAAAACCAUGUUCUGGAUUAGCUGGAGAAUCCCGCAAAUGCACCUCGGGCCCGUGUCCAGUUGAUGGUGGAUGGAGUGCCUAUUCGCGCUGGUCAACAUGUAGUAAGAAAUGCGGUGGAGGAACUCAGAAGAGAACCCGUACUUGCACCAACCCACCACCUUCUCAUGGUGGAAAACGAUGUUAUGGUCCAGCUGAACGAAAACGAAWAUGCAACAGAAAGCCAUGCUCAGUUAACGGUGGAUGGAGUGUCUUCUCGGCCUGGUCAACAUGCAGUAAGAAGUGCGGUGGAGGAAYUCAGAAAAGAACCCGUACUUGCACCAACCCACCACCUUCUCAUGGUGGAAAACGAUGUUAUGGUCCAGCWGAACGAAAACGAAAAUGCAACAGAAAGCCAUGCUCAGUUAACGGUGGAUGGAGUGCUUACUCGGACUGGUCCGAAUGUAGCAAGGAGUGCGGUGAAGGAGAACAGAAGAGAACUCGUACUUGCACCAAYCCACCAYCAGCUAAUGGUGGAAAAGCAUGUUCAGGUCUUGCCGAAGAGACACAAAAAUGCAACGUGAACAAAUGUGAACCAAGUGAGUGA